UGACAUCUAUCAGGAAGUCGCAUUCAAAUGAGCUCAAUUGCAUUCAGAACAGCUCUUCAGAACUGCAUGGGUGCCACUGGAGUACACGUCUCUUCUCUUGUCAACUCGUCUUCUCUUCAUCAUGAUAAACACCUUUCACAGUAGCUACAAUCCCCCACCGGUGCCUCCACGGGCAAGGUACAGCAAACCCCAGCCAGUGGGAAAUACAGCUUUGGUCAAGAUUUUGUCAGUGAUGCUACUGAUGUUAAUGAUGCUGACCUUCGGAGGCUUCUUCUACCUGUUCAAGAAACUCAACCUGCUGCAGGGCCAUGGGAGUUAUCAUGAAUCGAAUCAUGAAGACAUGACGAACCUGCUGAGACUAGAUGACUGUGUGAAAGAAAAAUUGGGAGAAGACUCAAGGGCAGAAUGUAGCGAACUGAUAGAAAAUUAUAAAGCGGUCAUAGAAAAGGUUUUACAAUCAAAUAAAAAAGUGUCUAGAUUAACUGCAGGGCCGAAUGGGUCGAAUGGACCGGCUGCACACAUGGUUCUUUUGACCGAACGUAAAGAUACGAAAGAGUUCAUGAGGUCAAACAACCUACUUUGGGAUCUAGACCAUUCAAUGUUACAGGAGGUACAGCUCAGCAGCAAAGGGGACAUGUUGAUCAUUCAAAAACCUGGAAUCUAUUUCAUCUACUCCCAAGUCACCUUCUCCAAACAAUCUAAAAGUGCAUUAAAGCAAGCCAUAAGGGUCACCGGACCCAAGAAACAGGAAGACAAGGAGCUACUCAAGGCUUUUUGCAGCUUGAACGACAGCACAUCAAAUUUGUGCACAGCCUCCCUGGCGGGGGUGUUCCAACUACAGAAAGACCAAAAGCUCUAUGUUACAGCAACAAACACAUCCUUGGUGAACAGGGACUCCUGCAGCUUUGGAUUAUUCAAAUUACGGUAAAGAACUCUGGAACUGAAUCGGUCAAGAUGGAGGUAGAGAUGGAUGAUACGAGACAGUGAGGA